UUGCAACUUGACCCACGCCUCUUUUAAGCCCUAUGUAGAGCAGUAAAUGAUUUAUAUCUAAGCUUGAGCAAAGUCCUGACACUCGAUUAGCUAAGCCUACAUCUUUCCUGAAGAAUUUCUUCAGGGGACGCUGAAUACAGGGUCGUGAUCUGGCUCUCAGGUGACAUGUUACCGGACAAGAAUGGACCAAGUGCCAUGGGUGGCGGGGGCCAGGGAGGUUUGGCUGAACACCCUUCGGUCUCCCUGUUCAGAGAGUAUCUCCGCCUGAAGACGGUCCAUCCGGAGCCUGAUUAUGGUGCUGCUCUGAGAUUUCUGGAGAGGAUGGCAAAAGAGCUGGAGCUGCCCAUGAAGAAAGUGGAGGUGUGCCCUGGCAGAGUGGUAGCCAUCAUCACAUGGACUGGUACCAACACGGCUCUGCAGUCAGUCCUGCUCAACUCUCACAUGGAUGUGGUGCCUGUGUUCCAGGAGAGCUGGAAGUAUGAUGCUUUUGCUGCUGUGAAAGAUGCCGAGGGGAACAUCUACGGCAGGGGGACACAGGACAUGAAAUCUGUCGCCAUUCAGUAUAUUGAAGCUGUCCGCAAGCUCAAAGCAGAGGGAAAGAGGUUUGCUCGGACUAUCCACCUUAUGUUUGUUCCCGACGAGGAGGUUGGGGGUCAUAAGGGAAUGGAGAUGUUUGUGAAGCACCCGGAGUUUCAGGCGUUAAACAUCGGCUUUGCGUUGGACGAAGGUCUGGCCAAUCCAGGAGAGUCAUUCACUGUGUUUUACGGGGAGAGAUGUCCCUGGUGGAUCACGGUGCGGUGUCCCGGUAGUCCAGGCCACGGCUCCAGGUUUGUGGAAAACACUGCAGCAGAGAAACUGCGCAAAAUCAUAAACUCUUUCCUGGAUUUCAGAGAACAGGAGAAACAUCGGCUGAACACCAGCGAGUGCCUUACACUGGGUGAUGUCACCACUGUGAACAUGACCAUGGUAAAAGGGGGCGUGGCCUACAAUGUGAUCCCCGAAAAAAUGGAUGCCACUUUCGACAUACGAAUUCCACCCACUGUCAACCUACAGGAGUUUGAAGCGCAGAUUCAGCGGUGGUGUAAAGAGGCAGGAGAAGGCAUUACGUAUGAAUUUGCGCAGAAACACACUAACCAGGACCUGACAUCUACUGAAGACAGCAACCCCUGGUGGAAGAUCUUCAGCGCGACGUGCAAAGCUAUGAAUAUGAAUCUGCAGAAAGAAAUAUUCCCAGCAGCUUCAGACAGCCGAUUUAUCAGAGCGGUGGGUCUCCCUGCCAUUGGCUUCUCUCCAAUGAACCACACUCCCAUCCUGCUGCACGACCAUAACGAAUUCCUGAACGAGCAGGUGUUCCUGCGUGGCAUCCAGGUGUACCAGGAGCUGCUGCCAGCACUGGCCAGCCUGCCUGCUCAGUCGAGCGAGGUGUGAUCUUACUGGACCUCCCCUUCGAAUUGACACCUCUCUCCCAGCCCCCUCCUCCCCUCCACAGACCCUCUCUUUCUCUCUUCCUUCCUUCCACUCUCUUCCAUUUCUGUCUCUUUUCUCUCCCCUCAGCCCAGCGCCCCCCAACAUCGUAACUCAGGGCACAGGCCUCCUUGCCUCUUUCCAAGAUUUAACACUCGCGCUGCUGCCACCAAUGAAGGAAUGUUAUCACAGCAAUGUAACUGAGCACUGUGAACAUUAUCAAAGCAAAAUACUGAGCACAGUGAACAUAAUCACAACACAUGAUAAACAUAGCACAUUGAACUUAAUCUUCUCAUAUCUUUAUGCAAUGAUAUUUUGCUUCCCAAAGUCUUCGAUAGAGAUUGUAAGUGAUUUUAUGAUGGAUGUCAAGGGUAAUUGAGCUGCUGUUUAAUAAAUUAGCUUUUUAUCAACUGCAUCUUGACAUUAGUGAUGAAAAUAAUUUUAUUUUCUCAUUUUUAAUCUUUUAAAAAUAUGCAAUAACUCUGUAAUAUGAUUUUAUUGUAUUUAAAUAUAUCUGAUUUGAAUAAAAAUUUUACUUUUGAA